AUGGCCAGUACCGAUGAUCUCGAAUUAACGUUGACAUGCGCAAUUUGCUUGGAUGUACCCAAUCCAGACGAUGCCAUUGAAACAUCCUGUUGCCAUCAAUUAUUUUGUUUAUCUUGUAUUACAACUGUUGGAACAUGUCCUGUCUGUCGAAAAACUGAUUUUCAAACAGUUCCCGCUCAUUUUGCCCGUCGGAUUAUCGGCGGUAUGAUUAUACAGUGUCCUAAUGAUGGUUGUACCGAAAAGGUUACACGAUCGAACUUAACUGACCACAUCUCGAACCAUUGUGCUUACAGUUUGCUAGGAUGUCCGGAUCCCAAGUGUAAAGACAUGAAAUGUUUUCGGAAAGAAUUUCUGGUACAUUUAAUAAAAGAACAUGAAGACGUUUUAAUGAAAAAUUAUCACAAAUUAUGGGAAAUAGAGAACAUUAUCGCAGAAAAGUCUAAUCAAUCUUCCGACGAUAAAACUAAUAAUCGAUUGUUCGAUGAUCGACUUGACAAAACUCUGAAUAAAUUCGGUCUUCACACACGUUUAGGUAGUACCGGUAAAUUCUAUUGUGGUGGGCAAUUAGACGGUGGUCAAUGCUCGUGCUGCAACAAACGGUGUGGGUUAUCAAAUGGUUGCAAUUGUUCAGGAUGUAUGUUGCUCGAUGUUCAGAAACGACGAUUACCGUAUGGUUGGUUCGUUAACCGUGAUGGAGCAGCAACACGCUGCAGUGAAAUGGAACCAACAAAAUUCUACUGUGGUCGAAUGGUUAUGAAAAACAAUCCAACAACAGAUGGAUACUGCGGACCCGAUAAUGGCGAACAAUGCGAAGCAUGUCGAAUACUAAAUGAACAACGACAUAGUCGAUAUGCGCAAAUUUGGAGUUGA